CUAGAAAGGUUGACACCCAGGGCAGAGGGCACUUACGCACUAAGAAAAAAAGCGAGAAGAAUACCUGCCCCUUCAAAAGGCAGGGGUGGUUUACCCUUCCUAAGAAAGAAAAGUCCACAGGGGACCAUUGUCGUUUAUUUUCCUCACACCCAGAUUUCAGCACCCUCUAAAAAUGCUGGUGCCCCAGGGCACAUCCCUAGUUACUCCUCCCUAGGUUACAACCUAACCUCUUCUUUCAGUUCCCACACACUCUCGGUUUCCCUUUUAGUCUUGUAUGUCUCCAAAGUUUGUCCAUAAAUCCAAAUAAUUUUUUUGGCUGGUCCUAAUAGAGGUAUUGCCCACCCAGCAGCUUCUGAAACAGAUCUGCUUCAGAAGUGUGGGGGACCCAAAGGAGUUAUUUGGGAUUAAUAUUUUUCAGAUAAGAGAUGUGCCGUAUGAGAUUUGUUGGCACAUGGAGCAAAAUCUGGUUGCCGGUGACAGGUGGGUUGAUAGAUCCCCAUGUGCUGCUGAGUCAAAGAGAAAAACAGAGGCUCAAGUUGAGCUCCCUCAUCUUUCAGAAGCAGCAUUAGGUGCAAACAUGUGCUAUUUUUUGGCUAUCACCUGGUUGGGUGGAAUAUUAUUUCUGUGUGUCUACUUUUUUUAAAUUGUGAUGUCUAUUGACUCUUAUUUUCAUGAUUCUGAAACCUGUGUUAAUGUGUUUAGAAAAUGGAAAUUUGAAAUACAAUAAUGCUAAGCCAUAAUCCAGUAAAAUUCCUUAUACUUUGAAGGAAAGGGUACGGGUGUUGAGGCCAGGUAAAAGUGCUGAAGCUGUUGUUUGUGACUAAUGCUAGAAUGUUCUCUAUGUUUCUCUCUUCUCUCCACCCCAGAGCAGCUUCCUAUAUGAAGAGCUAUAUUUUGUCCCCACCUGUCCUUGCCUUUUACAUCCAUCAAGAACAUAACUGAAGGCCUUUCUGCCAGGUUCCCUUGCCUUCUGAGAGGUGGCAAGGAUCCUUGUUUGCCUGUCAUGUCCAGUCUCUGAAACACCAUCAGUUGUCAUUGUAUACUGUCAAGUCGUUUCUGACUUAGGGUGACCUUAUGAAUGACCUUAUUUCCAGCGUGAAGAUGCCUUUUCCCUGGAAGAAAACGCCGCUCCUUGUGUUCUUUCUCUUGUUCUUCCUUUGGAUCCCAAGUCCGAGUUGUUCCCAGCAAGAGCCGUGCCAGAGCUGUCGGAGCCUCACUGACAAUUUCAACAAGGGUCUGGAGCGGACACAGCGAGAGAACUUCGGGGGCGGGAACACAGCCUGGGAAGAAGAGAAACUUGCAAAAUAUGCAAACAGUGAGACUCGGCUGCUGGAGGUGCUGGAGGGCGUGUGCUCCAAAUCGGAUUUUGCCUGCAACCAGCUGCUGGAGCAGAGUGAAGAACAUGUGGAGCGUUGGUGGUUUCACGAGCAGCAGCAGCACCCAGAUUUCUUCCAGUGGCUCUGCAUGGAUGCACUGAGACUAUGCUGCCCACCUGGCACCUAUGGCCCUGACUGCCACACCUGUCCUGGAGGUGCCCAGAAGCCUUGCAGUGGGUAUGGGCAGUGUGACGGCGAUGGCACACGGGGAGGCACCGGCCUGUGUAUGUGCCAGAUGGGCUACGGUGGCCCCUUCUGCUCAGAGUGUGGAGACGGCUACUACGAAGCUGCCCGCAACGACAGUCACCUGGUAUGUGCGGAGUGCUACCGGGCAUGCGGACGCUGUUCAGGCCCUGAGGAUUCAAGCUGUCUCCGUUGCAAGAGAGGCUGGAUGCUGCAUGACCGAAGAUGCAUUGACAUAGACGAAUGUGGCACGGACAUGGCCCAUUGCCGUGCCAACCAGUUCUGUAUCAACACCGAAGGCUCCUACGAGUGUCGAGACUGUGCCAAGGCCUGCAUUGGCUGCAUGGGAGCUGGGCCUUCCCGCUGCAAGAAGUGCAACAAGGGCUAUCGGCGUGAUGGUGUCAAGUGUCUUGAUGUGAACGAAUGUGCUGGUGAAGCAGAGGAACCAGUAUGCACUGGUGCCAAUGAGGCCUGUGAGAACACAGACGGCAGCUAUCGGUGUAUUUGUGCAGAGGGAUACGUACGCAAAGAGGGUAUCUGUGAAGAAGACAAACCCCCAGAUGCUCCCGAGAAAGGAUUCUUUGAUGACAUCACAGACGAUGAGGUGGUCGUGCUGCAGCAGAUGUUCUUUGGUGCCAUCAUCUGCGCCCUGGCCACACUGGCUGCCAAGGGCGACAUGGUCUUCACUGCCAUUUUCAUUGGCGCCGUAGCUGCGAUGGCUGGCUACUGGCUGUCAGAACGCAGCGAUCGCGUGCUCGACGGCUUCAUCAAAGGCAGAUAGGGCAUGCCAAAAUAAUCCGUUCCUUCUGGCUUCCUGCCUCAGAGAGCCAGCUGGUGGGCAGGAACUCCUUGACCCCACCCCCCACCCCUUACCUUGCUGGUGGGCAGGGCUUUAAAAUCCCAGGAGAAAAAAAGAUGGAGCAGCCAUUUUGUAUGCCGUUCCAGGCUGCUAGAAGGCUUGGCAAAGCGUGCUGUGAAGGCUGUAGAAAGGGACAAAGGGCCAGUCACGCUUUGCAGUCCUGCUGUUAGGGGCCAAGCAGAGAGUUUGUGGUGUGAAUUAAGAUGGAAUGAGAAGUCUUAUCCGGGAAUAUCUGUCAGUGGGCCCAAAGAAAAGGCCCCUCUUGCUGUCCCACCAGCCAGUCCUCAUACAUGUGGGGUGAUCUCAAAUGUGUUCCUACCCAUAAGCUUUCCUAGGCUGGUCAUUAUUCACCAGAAAAUGAAAGCAACUGAGAUUGGGCAGGCACAAAGGAUGGCUCCCUGCUGGCUCUCUCUGGGGGACCCUUGGCUCCAAACAUAUUACACUGAAGGAGGGAGUGAACUGAGUCAAUACAAUUCUGGGCUGUAGCACUUCAGGCAGAAUUUCUUUUUCCAAUGCUCACCACCUCAGACCCUUUUUUGCAACAGCACCAUCAAUGACAGUGGCUUAGGAUGUAACUUUCCCCUUGAUACAGUGACUACAUGGAGGAAGCUUUUUACAGGCUGAUGGUGCAUUUGAGGAGAGGCAUUUGAGAAGUGACCUCCGCCCCCCUGACUCCCAUUGCCGCCUGAGGGUUGCAUCGCAGAAUGCGGUCAUCUCAGUCCCCUCCUUAUUUUGCUUUCGUGUCCAAAACAACUCUGAGGCAGCCAGUAGCCGUGUGUGAGGCAGAGGAAGCCUGGGUGGUGUGCAUGUCGUCCUUGCCCCCCCCGCCUCGCCCCACUUUACAUCUGUCCACUCACUUUUUUUUGUCAGUCUUCAUCUCAGGAAAAUAAAAAAAAAGUAUCUGCACACA